AUUUUGAAAGUGGAGUCGCCUGCCCCUGCCGCCGCGGCCGCCGUCGCUGCCGUAGCCGCCGCCACCGCCGCUACUGCUGCCGCCAACACCGCGGGAGAAGGAGCACGAGAGGGGACGCCCCCGAGUGAAAGCCACCAUCCUGCCGGCCUCUCCACCCGGGCCGCUUCCCUUUCGUCCCGGUCCCGGUCCCCGUCCCCUCCCCCCUCAGGUGCCAUCCGCCUCCAUCCGCGCCCUCGAUCCCCCCAUCCCCAGGUGAGGGGGCUGAGCCCCGGUCGCGGAGACCCCGAGGAGCCCGGCAGGGUCAUCAUUUGCAGCGCGACAUGGCAGGAGCUGGAGGAGGGAACGACAUUCAGUGGUGUUUUUCUCAGGUGAAAGGAGCCGUAGAUGAUGAUGUAGCAGAAGCAGAUAUAAUUUCUACAGUAGAGUUUAAUCAUUCUGGAGAAUUGCUAGCGACAGGAGAUAAAGGUGGGAGAGUUGUCAUCUUUCAACAAGAGCAGGAGAACAAAAUCCAGUCUCAUAGCAGAGGAGAAUACAAUGUUUACAGCACCUUCCAGAGCCAUGAGCCAGAAUUUGACUACUUGAAAAGCUUAGAAAUAGAAGAGAAGAUCAACAAAAUUAGGUGGUUACCCCAGAAAAAUGCUGCCCAGUUUUUAUUGUCUACCAAUGAUAAAACAAUAAAAUUAUGGAAAAUCAGUGAAAGAGACAAAAGACCAGAAGGCUAUAACUUGAAAGAGGAAGAUGGAAGGUAUAGAGAUCCUACUACAGUCACUACAUUACGGGUGCCAGUGUUUAGACCCAUGGAUCUAAUGGUGGAGGCCAGUCCACGGAGAAUAUUUGCCAAUGCCCAUACCUACCACAUCAACUCAAUUUCUAUCAAUAGUGAUUAUGAAACCUACUUGUCAGCGGAUGAUUUGCGGAUUAAUCUCUGGCAUCUGGAAAUUACAGACAGGAGUUUUAAUAUUGUGGAUAUCAAGCCUGCCAAUAUGGAAGAGCUCACAGAGGUGAUCACAGCAGCAGAAUUCCAUCCCAACAGCUGUAAUACAUUCGUGUACAGCAGCAGUAAAGGAACUAUUCGGUUAUGUGACAUGAGGGCCUCUGCACUCUGUGACAGGCAUUCUAAAUUGUUUGAAGAACCUGAAGAUCCCAGCAACAGGUCAUUUUUUUCUGAAAUCAUCUCCUCUAUUUCUGAUGUAAAAUUCAGCCAUAGUGGUCGCUAUAUGAUGACUAGAGACUAUUUGUCAGUCAAAAUUUGGGACUUGAAUAUGGAAGACAGGCCUGUGGAGACAUACCAGGUACAUGAAUACCUCAGAAGUAAACUUUGCUCACUGUAUGAAAAUGACUGCAUAUUUGACAAAUUUGAAUGUUGUUGGAAUGGGUCUGACAGCGUUGUCAUGACUGGAUCCUACAAUAAUUUCUUCAGAAUGUUCGACCGGAACACAAAGCGGGAUAUAACUCUAGAAGCAUCACGAGAAAACAAUAAGCCUCGCACAGUUUUGAAGCCACGCAAAGUCUGUGCAAGCGGCAAACGAAAGAAAGAUGAAAUAAGUGUUGACAGCCUAGAUUUCAACAAGAAAAUCCUUCAUACAGCUUGGCACCCCAAGGAGAACAUCAUUGCCGUAGCGACUACAAACAAUCUGUACAUAUUUCAAGACAAAGUGAAUUAGGCUGGCAUUCCUAGCAGAGGGAGCCACUUCCUGCUUAGUGAGAUAGUUGAAUCUAGCAUUCAUACCUAUAAGAGAGCGGUCCAUUGUGGUGCCCCUUUCCAGUGUUUGACAGUGUGCCAUUCGACAACACAUUUGAUAGCCUCAUGGAGAAAGCUGUGUGGAUGCGUCCCGGGCUGUUCUCCAUGUCUGCUAGCCAUUUAGGGAAGGGAAGGGCACUUUUAAUUUAAUGACUUCUUGCACCAUCUUGCCUGGUGGACUGGACUGGACUGUGUCAGCAUUGUUGUACUCCACUUUUUAUGCCUUCCAUUGUGAUGACGUCAAACACAGUGAACGCCUUCAGUCAUGCUAUGGGAUUUGUGUAUCCUCAUUACUGUAUCAUUUGUGGGGUACACCCCUCUUUUUUAAAUUAAAUACAGCUCAUUCUUACUGUG